AUAAAUCGAUCCCAUAUGCAAGGUGGGGGCAGAGAGCCAAGGGACCGCAGGGGGUGAUGGGGUCUUUGAGCUACUGCAUGUGCCCUCCAUCCUCUCCUCACUCUAAGCCUCAUCUCACUAAUCUUUCAUGGCCACCGCUCAUGCAAGCCGAACAACGUCUUCUGAAUUGGACUGAGAAAAUCCUUUUGCACGCUGUUGCAGGCGUUCUAUCCUUUAGCUUCUCCUCCAAUUCAGUGGCAGUUGCAGUGGAAGCAGCAGCAGGAUUACCUUCUCACUCUGCCACUGCUCCGGAUUGCCGUAAAUCAGAAGAAGGUGGAGAUGAAGUGAGAGAAUUUUCCCUGGAGCUUGUUCCGAACCGAAGGAUUGUGGAGGAAGCUUGGCAAAUCGUAAAUGAUAGCUUCUUUGAUGCUCAUCUCCACAGCUGGUCUACCGAAAAAUGGCUGAAAAAUCAAGAAGAGAUUCUUUCUGGCUCCAUUGACACAAGAUCUCAAGCUCAUGAUAUUAUUAGAAGUAUGUUAGCUAGCUUGGCUGACCCAUAUACUCGGUUUCUAACGCCAUCGGAGUUCUCAAAGAUGGCUAGGUAUGAUAUUACUGGGGUUGGAAUGAAUCUUAGAGAAGUUCCUAAUGACGAUGGUUCCGCCAAAUUAAAGGUCUUAGGCAUUGUUCUUGGUGGGCCUGCUCAUUCUGCUGGUGUGAGACAGGGGGAUGAGGUCUUGUCUGUCAAUGGAGAGGAAGUCACUGGGAGAUCAGCAUUUGAAGUGUCUUCGCUCUUGCAAGGUCCUAAAGAUACAUUUGUUACCAUUGAGUUCAGGCAUGGAAACUGUGGACCAAUACAAUCUGUCAAAAUCCAAAGGCAGCUUAUUGCUCGCACCCCAGUAUUUUACCGCUUGGAUCAAACAGAGGAUGGAAAUAAUUCAGUUGGAUACAUACGCAUCAACGAAUUCAAUGCUUUGGCAAGGAAGGAUCUAAUUAUUGCAUUAAGACAUCUUCAAGACUCCGGUGCAUCAUAUUUUGUACUGGAUUUGAGAAAUAAUCUUGGUGGACUCGUGCAGGCUGGCAUUGAAGUUGCUAAACUCUUUUUAAAUCAAGGAGAGACGGUGAUAUAUACAUUUGGGAGGGAUCCACAGUUGCAAAGAAGUAUCACGGCUGAAACUGCACCUCUAAUAUCUGCUCCUGUAAUGGUCCUUGUUAACAACCGAACUGCAAGUGCAAGUGAAAUAGUGGCAACGGCACUCCAUGAUAAUUGCAGAGCAGUGCUUGUAGGGGAGAAAACUUUUGGCAAGGGACUGAUCCAAUCGGUAUUUGAACUCGAUGAUGGAUCUGGUGUGGUUGUGACAAUUGGGAAGUAUGUCACACCAAGUCACAUGGAUAUCAAUGGGAAUGGCAUAGAGCCUGAUUUCACACGUAGACCAGGUUGGAACGAAGCUCUAGAACGUCUGUCUUCUUGUAAAACACAGCAUUAGUUACUAGUUACAUCAUCUUCCUUCUUCAAUCUUUGUAUAUUAAACUGCAUUCUACAUCAGGGGUUUUACAAAAAUCUUCUAGAGUUGAUGAUUAGCAGAAAACGCUUAUCUAUUGUAGCCCUAGUUGUCAACAGCUUGAUUUGUGUUGCAAAAAACAUGACAAUACAGCUGGAACCUAGUGCCAUUGAGUUAUGUUCAGCUAGGCAUUUCUUAAUCUGUUUUUGGUGGCUGGGCAUCUCUAAUGUGGUUCUUUUUUGUGUUUGCCCUUGAAUUAUCUUCCCAUCAGCGGUUGAUGAUUUUGGGCAUGACAUUAAAGUGUAUCUUGCUGUUACUUAUGUAUGUAAAUCGAGAGAACGUCACAUCCCAAA